CGCCGUCGCCUUGACAGCACCUAUCUCACAAUGUGGAUAAUAUUAUUGAGCAUCUGUGUGAUCUUAGUAGUGUGGUUGAUAUUUACACAAAGUAACAAAGACUAUUGGAAAAAACGAAAUGUUGUACAAGUGAAUGACUUACUAGUGAGUUUCUUUCGCGGUGACCGUUCAAUUGCUGAAAUCUACAAAGAAGUUUACGACAGCCAUCCAAAAGAACUGUACGUCGGCUCAGUUAUGAUGACGAAACCAACACUGAUAUUGCGGGAUCUGCAAAACAUGCAAGCAGUUCUUCACACAGAUUUCGAAAGCUUCUCCAGUCGCGGGAUCGACUGCAAUGAAAAUGAUCUAUUGGCAGAUAACGUCCUAUUCAUUUCUGACUAUCAACGCUGGAAAACCAUUCGACAGAAAAUGACGCCGCUCUUCACCAGUUCUAAGCUAAAAAGUAUGACGAAUGUUAUUAAAGAAUGUGCUCGCGAUUUCGUUGAAAUGGUGAAACAAAAUAAAGAAAUGCGAGAAAAACCAUUCACUGCUUUAUAUACUUACACUACGGCUACUGUUGGGGCCUCGGUUUGUGGCAUCGAUACACAAGUGAACAACAGUAUGCAGUCGCCUUUCCUUGAAAUGAGUUGGAAAGCUUUAGAACCCUCAACAAUUACAGAUAUAAAAUUUGCCAUAUCUACUUUUUCUCCAACUCUUUUCAAACUUCUAAAACUAAAGAUAUUCGGAGAACAUGAGGAAUUCUUCAUUGGAGCAAUGAAAAAGGUGCUAGCUGCGCGUAGAAAUGACCCACACAAUAUCAAUGAUUUUAUAGGAUUGUGUAUGGAAAUCCAAAAAGCUGGACCAAUGAAGGACAAGUCGAAUGACUACGAGCUGGAACCAACAGACGAGUUGUUGGCAGCCCAAGCAUUUUUCUUCUUUUUAGCUGGCACGGAUACUGGAGCCAACACAAUGCAUUUUACUCUUCUUGAACUGGCUAGUAAUCCAGAUGUUUUGCAAAAAUUGCACAAAGAAAUAGACCAAGUGUUCGAAGAAACAAACGGGGAAGUCACAUACGACGUGAUUGAUAAAUUAGUUUAUUUAGAUAUGGUGGUUAACGAAGCUAUGAGGAAGUAUCCACCCAUAGGUGCUUUGCAAAGGGAAUGCGUAAGAGACACGGUAUUACCCGUUGGUAACUUGAAAGUUGAAAAGGGAGUUACAGUAGUUGUACCAGCUUAUGCCAUACACAGGGAUGAGAAUCUUUUCCCGAAUCCUGAAAAAUUUGACCCAGAAAGAUUUGCUCCGGAAAAUGCUACUUAUCUCCCGAAAUAUGGGUAUAUGCCAUUUGGGGAGGGGAGAAGAAUCUGCUUAGGUUCCAGAUAUGCAAGAAUUCAAGUUUUAUCUGGCCUAGCGUAUUUACUGCGUUCGUUCACUCUGAAACCUCAAAACUAUACGCCUCGUUUCGAGAAGAGCAACUUCAGUUUACGAGAUACCAACUCUAAGUACGACUUAAUUCUAAGGGAAAACAUCUAAAGAAAUUAAUUAUAUGAGAUGUAAAAGGAAACAAUAGCAUUUAAUACCAAGACUGAUGUAUUUUCAAAGACAUUGACAAAUAAAAGUAAAAGGCGAAUGAAAAAGACUCAUUUUGAAUUAAUCACUUUUGUAAUUUUGUCGAAGAUUUAUUAAUUACGUUAAGAUAUAUUUAUCUCAUAUUAAUCAACAUGAAAAAAUGUAUUUACAUUCUGCUUUAUUUUCCUUAAACAAUUUGUGAACUGAGCCUCUGCACAGAUUCCGGUCUAUCCUUAUUACUACAAGUUGUGUUUACUAAUUUUAGUAUGAUUGUACCAAUGAUUCUGACCUUGAUGUAUAUUUGGACGUGUCGGAGUCACUUUGUUUGUUAUGUAGUUAAGACAUGUUCUUAUGUAUAGGUGUACC